AACUCGGAGUUGUGUCAAGUCACUUCUCCUACCAAGGCCUCCCAUUCCGAAAUCCAUUCAACUGGGCCAGUCGAAUCCAAUUUCUCUGACCUUCCAAAUACUCGGUAUGCUUCCACUCUACUUUCUCAACGCAUUCAGCUAUCUCCUAAAUUGCUUGCAAAGCAUCUGCACGUCAGCUCUUCAUUCCGCGUGGAGCGUCGUAUUGCUCAGGCCAUGGACGAGCUCGGAUUGUUUCCUGUCACUCGGCUCUACCCGCCGCCAAUACUGUCUGGAUCCAGUGCAACCCCUAGGUUGAAGCGCUCCCCUGUUCGAGCCUCAAGCCCAAAGCCUCCACAUCACUCUUGCCAAAUUCAUCCCUAUGGUCCCGCAAACCAGUCUAAAAGUCUUCGUUCACACAAUCAUCAGCCGCAUCGACACCAGUCGCCGGAAGAACUGAAACCCUGCCUCUUUCCUUGCAAUGAUCAAGCGAACACUGCCCGGCCUACUGACUCUCACCGAGCCCCUCAGACUUCCACGGACCCGUUUGAUGCUGAAUCUCGAACAAUUCGUAGACAGUGUUUAGUAGGCUGCGGACCAAAUGCUCUUGAGGCGCCAGCUUCAUUUCAGUCUUCAGAUCAGAGACAAGAUUCUGUGUUACAAAGCUUUUCUGUCUUCAAGCAUGAAGGUUAUUAUCUUUUUUUUCAAUGUAUUGAAUUGCCAUAG